UUCUGAGCUUGGUGGCACUUGUAUUCGCUUUGAUUUAUAUCGAUUGUGUUCAAUUUAUAUUUUACGUUACUCACUGUCAAUACUAAACACUUCGCAAAGAUAUUGAAUCUUUCUGCUAGUGUAAUUCAUACAUAUACAAUUUCAGCAUAUAAAACCCGGAAAGAACGUGUGUAUUAUACCUUCCAUCAUUUCUAUCCUGAACCUCUGGUGAAGUAGAGACACUUCCUUGCAAUUUGUGGUAUAACCUCACAAAAAGUAUACCAAAUAAAAACAUUUCUAAUUCACGAAUCCCUUAAUAUUAGAAUACAUAUCAAUUACAUUGUUAUUAAAUAAUAAUUUGUAGAUUUCGUUUCGGCUAAAUCCUGUAUGAAAUAUGAAUAAUACCAAAACUCCAGUGAUGGUAUUGCAAGAGUUGGCGGUGGCAAAGGAAUGGAUAUUACCUGAAUAUACUAUAGUGCAUGCAGUAGAAGGUACACACGAUAACAUAUUUCAUUAUCAAGUUGCCGUUCAUGGUGAGGCAGCCAUUGGAGUCGGCCGAUCUAAAAAAGAAGCUAAACAUAAAGCAGCUAGCUUAUUAUUGGAAAAGCUGUCCGAUGUGGUCGAUUGUAACCUUAGAACACAACCUUCCGUUCCGGAAAAGAAACUCAAGCUUGUAAACGCGGUCGGAAUUUUAUGUGAUAUUUGUGGAGAGAAUAAAAUUCCAAUGCCCAUAUUCACACAAAUAUCUGACGUCGGUCCGCCACACUGUAGAGAGUUUACAUAUGAAUGUCAAGUGGCCACUUUGGUAACACGAGCUACGGCAAGCACUAAGAAACAAGCAAAACAUUGGGCUGCUAAGGAAAUGACUGAUAGAAUCAUGACUGCUCUCCCUGACUUAAUUACAGAGUAUGAGGAUCAGAAGUCAUCUGCUCUCGCAAUAGACGAUCGAAUUAAGGAUGAGUAUGCUCAUGCAAAGUUGUUAAAGCCUAAGCCAAAUCUAUCUCUUCAAAUAGAAGAUCGUCACAUGCAUUUAAAAAAUAUUGCAACUGAAAAGGGUUUAGAUAGUGACUGUGUCCAGAUGUGUACUUCGCAACCUUCGGAGGAGAAUUUAAAGAUACUUCUAGAAAAAUUGGAGCUGAAAUAUUUCAUUCAAACUUUGCAAGAAACUGUUGAGGGAAACUGUGUUGUCACUUUGUCUCUAGAUACAGAUGUACCAUUCACGGUUAUGGGAAUGGGAUGUAAUAACGAUGCUGCAGUUGAAGAUGUAGUAAAAAAAGCGUGCAAAUAUUUAAAAAUCAUGUUAACUUAAUGCUGUACAUUUUUCAUUUAAUAAAGUUUAUAUGCUUGUUCAUAGGCGGUA